AUGGCAGCAAUUGUCGCAUGGUAUAAUAACCAGUAUUCCACUUGGAACAGGACCCGCCGACUCCACCAGCAACCAUUCCUCGCUCGCGUCGAUACCAGGGCGUCUCGCAGGGCAACAGAGAUGGCGCAAGAAGCCGUUGUUAUUAACAUGGGCGACGUCGCAAGUCCCGAGCAUACCGACAGCCAGAAGAAGUCAGACACCCUCUUCGGCCCUAACAUCGGGAUCGUCAAUGCGGGCCCUGAGUGGGCUGACAGACACGAGAAAAGCGUUGAUGAGCUCACACCGGAGAUUGUGAAGAGCUGGAUCUCUAAGAGCAAGGAGGUGCGUUGCCCCUCGGACGACCCUAAUCACGCGGACUCCCAACACCACCAUGGCCUCGAAUUCGAGUUUGACUGUGACGCCCCCAAGUGUGGGAUCAGCGUACAGGUGCUCCUAUCUCCGAAACAUCGCCUCUCGGGGAAGUACGACGCAUCUGGGAUGUCCAAAUUCCUCGUCUUCGAAUCGGUUGUCGAUGGGGGCUUUGGCAAGACGCUCAAGCUGGAGGAAGGCGCCACGCUCGAAUUGGGCAGGUUUGAGCAUCGGCCGGAUGCUCCGACCGCCGAGAAGGACAACCCUGGGGACGCAUCAUUUGGGGCUGAUGCAGAAUCGCACCAUGUGGUGGACCCAAGUUCUGAUACAGCCACGUCUGCUUGGAAUAGGAAACGCUUCACUAACUUCAAUUUCCGGAAGCGUGAGCACGACCGAUCCGUGGCUGGUCCCGCCAUAGCCGUCCUCGAUGCCGAAGUGAACUCUCACGGAGACGAUGACAAGUCGAAGGAGUAUGACAAGGAUGAAAUUGACGUUGGUGUCAGAGUCACUAUCCGGUUAUCUGCGCUCGAUGAGGAGGGCAAGGAGCUGCCAUCGGUCAACGAGCAGGUGACGUAUCUUCAUGUAGUACGUUUCGGCAUCCCUCCGACUGUUAUCGAGGGGGUGCCCGUGGAGGACAAUAGGCCGUGGGUCGUCAAAGUUGUCAAGCGCGAAGCAACUAUUGGUCCCCACUCAUUCCACCUGCAUGAAAUUUAUGGUCUUUCGUCUAACUCCACAACGGCAUCGCAACCAGUUGCAACAACUCCCCCCACCGAUACCCACGUCUACCCACCCGCCACCGAACCAUCGGCCACUCCUCAUGAGGAUGAGCCCUCAUCGGAAUGCUUGCUCUGUCUUUCUUCUCCGCGCGAGGUGGUGCUAUUACCUUGCCGUCAUCUUGUCGCCUGCAGAGAAUGCGCAAUCAACAUGAUCGAAUUUGGCGCUGGCGGAAACAUUGUGCAUCAGGAAGACGAGACAAAUGCUACCACCGGUACGGAAGGCGCGAACGGUGAGAACGGCAAUGCAACAGAUGGAAACACUGCUGGCGUGCCCCCAGGCUCCGAGGCUGAUGCCCCGCAGCCCGUGCCCGUCAUUCCGAUAAAUCCCAGACGCAAACGUAAGGCGAAGGGCUGGUUCUGUCCAGUCUGCCGUCAGCCAUAUACGUCUUUACUCCGCAUCACCACUACUCCUCCCUCGAAGGAUGAGAAGGACGACCCCCGUGAAUCUACCGACGGGGAUGACCGUGAUGACCUGCCCCCAUCACCAUCUAUCACCGUUCCUUCUCCUACUGCUAAUGUUGGCCGUACGGGCGUGCCGUCCCGCGGCGGAUUCUUUCGCUCGUUCCGGCCAGGAGCGCUGCAGCCGGAUGUCGAACGCGUGCAGGCGCUAGGCCCCUUCGCAUAG